AUGAAGUUGCUUCCACUCUUGGCCCUCUUCGGCCUCGCCAUGGCUACCGCUAUUCCCAAAGACUCGGAUGACGAUUGUGAAUGCCCCGUCAACGGCACUCUGUCUCCCACGUACGUGUCGACCAACGCCUUCUAUGAGAUCAGCGAGAAGCACCCCAACAAGCACUUCUAUCCCUCGCUGAGGGCCAAGGUGACGCCGAACGACCUUUGCUUCAUCACCAACCUCGAGCUGCCCCCGUCAGCUUCCGGCAAGACCUGCACGCUCGUAUUCCUGCUCCCGACGAAAGACCAGGCCAAGCAGUCGUACUCCUUCUCGGGACCGGGCCACUUUACCUUUACUGGCUACGCCACCGGCGUCGGUGCCAACGACACGACCACCUACAACAACCAACCCGCACCGGGUCCGAGCCCUCCCGCCCCUCCGGAGAUUCUGCCCGGCAACGCCUACACCAUCUUCUCCGGCCCCUGCGACAUUCCUGAUACUGAUACAAUAACCACCGUUAGCGGUAGCCUCUGCAGCGCUGACACCACCCUCAAGUUCACGCAGAGCGAGGGCGGCCCUGGCUGCCCAAUUGGCUUCUUCGUUGAGCUUACUUGA